AUGAUCCUGCUCGAAUCGCACAAUGUAAUUAUUCAGACCACUGUCGCAGAAAAGAUUGUCAAACCAUCCUCUGUCGAUGUACAAUUCGUGGACUAUGACGGUGUCCGUUUCCAUCUCUCAACGCCUGAACGCAAAACAGUUCUCCUUCUGUCCAUGCACAUCAGAUGCUGGGAUGAGCUGGUUCAAUGUGGGGCUCUCAAUGUUCUAAAGCGGGAAUACGGUGCACUGCUUCAGCCGCAGGCAGAGCCAGACUACAACGUCAGCCUUGCUAUUGACUUGGAGCAACUGCCUGCUUCAUCCGAAGACCGCGAUGCCUUCGUUCUUUCUCUUGCUCUUCUCAAACGCAACGCCCUUGCUGCACCAUUUGAAGAUGCCUUUUCCUCUCAAAAGGCCCUCGAGUCAGCAGCCACUGGAACAGGAGAACUCAUGCAGAUUCACUACCGGGACGAAGAAGCGAUCUACAUCCAAGCGUCGCAUGACCGUGUCACUGUCAUUUUCUCGACCAUUUUCAGCGAUGAGACCGACCGAAUAUAUGGCAAGGUUUUCUUGCAGGAGUUUGUGGAUGCUCGUCGACAGCCGUCCAUCCAGAAUGCUCCGCAAGUGCUGUACUCCAGCCGCGAUCCCCCUCUGGAAAUCCGCCACCUACCACACCUACGCAACACGGACGACACUGGUUAUGUCACGUUUGUUCUCUUUCCGAGGCAUUUCAAGAAUUCCGCCACGGCUGCUGCAACAAUCUCGCAUAUCCAACUUUUCCGAGACUAUCUUCACUACCACAUCAAAUGUUCUAAAGCUUACAUGCACUCCCGUAUGCGUCAUCGCGUCGCGGAGUUCCAGAAGGUCCUCAAUCGCGCCAAGACUGAGGUCGCUGCAACAGAGAAGAAGACCGUUUCAGCUUCCUCCAUAUGCAUGAACAGAGCAAUUGUCUACAGUCAAACUGGCGACCCCACCCGCGUCCUCUCAGUGCGAGCAUUCCGUCUCCCACCACCCCAAACCAACACUGUCAACAUCAAAUUCUUGCUUGCCCCCAUAAACCCAGCCGACAUUAACGUGAUACAAGGCGUUUACCCUGCUCGGCCAUCUUUGGAGCGCAUUGGCGAUGACCAUUCUGAGGUGUUUGUGGCUGGCCAUGAGGGUGUGGCAGAAGUAACCCAAGUUGGCCCUGAUGUGAAGGACCUGAACGUCGGCGACUGGGUAAUCAUGACGAAGCCACAAAGCGGUACAUGGGCAACUGCCAGACAAGUUAAUUCACUAGAUGUCCUGAAAAUUCCGCGCAUAGCAGGGGAAAUACAUGCUGCGACGAUGACCGUCAACCCUCCAACUGCAUAUAACAUGCUCACCAACUUCGUGAGGCUUGAUAAGGGAGAGUGGGUAGUUCAAAACGGCGCCAACUCUGCUGUCGGGCAGGCGGUAAUUCAGAUCGCAGCAGCCCGUGGUCUCAAAACAUUGAAUCUUGUGCGAAGCAGACCGGACAUAUCUGAUCUAACCGGGAAACUCAAGGCUCUGGGGGCAACUGAAGUCUUGACAUAUGACGAUCUUUCGGACCGAGCGCUGACUAAAACAAUAUUGAAGGAUUGGACAUUGGGCAAGGGCUUUCGACUUGGUUUAAACUGCGUAGGGGGGCAGGACACUACUAAUAUGGCGCGACUUUUGGGCACCAAUGCAUACCUCGUCUCCUAUGGAGCCAUGUCGAAGCAGCCGCUCUCUCUGCCGACUUCCCUCCACAUUUUUCAGAAUCUGACAAGCGUGGGCUAUUGGCAAGCACGAUGGUACAAAGAGCAUAGCCGAGAAGACAAGGAAAGCUUGAUGAUGACGCUCGUGGAUCUAGUCAAGCAAGGCAAGUUGAAGGAACCAGAGCACGAGAUAGUGUCCAUAACCGACCAAGAUUCGGAUGAAGUGGCUGGAGAGAAAGUCCGCAAUAUCGUAGGGAGGCUACUGGAGGGUAAAUACGGCAAAAAGGUGCUCCUUAAGUUCGAAUCCUGA